AUGUCCACACAUGGUUUACAUUUUGAACAAAGCGAUGAAAAAAAUAGCACGAAUAUCAAUGCAUCACGACCAAGAACAAAACCUACUAAACAAAAUCUUAGUUUUAUGAAUUCAGAUGGUGUCAUAGAAAAUGGUCAUGGUUUAUUUUCAGAAACUAUUUCAUCAAGACCAUCAAAACGUUCUGGAAAUCAAUCAAUUAAUGAAUCAAAUUCAGAAAUGUCUACAUAUUCACAACCAACAGUUCGAAGUUCAAAUUUAAAUAAUCCUGCAUUACAUUUAACAUUAACUCCAGUUGAAAGUUUUCAAUCGAAUGCAACAAAUCUUGAUAAUGUGUCAAACUUUCAACAAAUUGAAUUAAGUACAGUUACAGACGACGAUGAAAAUGAUGGUAAAAAACAAAAAAAAGUUGUACCACCAAAAGAUUAUAGAAUUCCUGAUCAUGAUCCAAUAAUAACAUCAUAUACAUCAGCUAGUGAGAGUGAUAUUAUUGAAAUACAUGAAUUUAGUUUCGCUGAUGUCGAUGCUUAUCUUGAUAUUUAUUUCGAAAUGCUUCAUAAUCGGUUAGCUCAUUUUAUUGGAGACAGAGAUCAAUUGCAACAGUUUCGUAUGAAAAUGAAAAAUCGAAUAAAUUCUGAUACAAAUUCACGUGAAUAUCAAAAUGUUCUUCUUGGUAAAAUGAAUGGUGAAGUUGUAGCAGCAGUAACACUAUUAUUUCCUAGUGAAACAACAACUGUUACAAAUGAUCAUAUACUUCCAGAAGAAAAUUCAUGUUUAACAUCAAUACGUCGUUGGAUGAUACGCAAUGCAAAUUAUAUUCCAACAGUUGCAAAUGAAUGCUAUAUUGAAAUGAUUGGUGUUAAAAGUUCAUAUCGAAAUCAAGGUAUAGGUGCAGCUCUACUUGAAUGUGUGGAAUAUUUUGCUCAAGGAGCUGGUGCACUUUUAUUAACAGUACAUACAAAUGAAGAACAAUUAACAAAUUAUUUUCAACGAUUUGGUUUUAUUAUUGAUCAUUCAGAUAAUUCAGCAUAUUGGAAAUGGGCAGUCGAACGACAAAAAAUUGCUAAAAUGUCAAAAAUUAUCACACCUCAUAAUGAAAAUGAUGAUGCAUACAUGGAUAAUGGAAGUAGUUAUGCUAAUGAAAGUAUGGGUGGAAGUGACGGUGUAUAA